AGUCCAUCGCCAUCAAUGUCAACUGUAUCCUGCCCAGAAUAUCCGGAAUUACAAGAAAAGUUGCAUCGAUUGGCAAUGGCUCGUGAUAGUUUGUCAUUACAAGUGACAAUAUUAACGGAACAGGUUAGUGCACAAAAAGAAAAAAUACGAGAUUUAGAAAAUCUUUUAGCAACCAAAGCAAAUAAUUUGGAUUCAGCUGAGGAAUUAUUGCAUGAACGCAUUGAUAUCAAUGGUGAUUUAGAAUCAAAGAAAAUGGAUCUUUUAGCAGAAGUAUCAAGUUUGAAAUUGAAAUAUGCUACUUUAGAGAAAGAAAAAAAAGAGACAGAAAGAAAGUUACAACUUUCUCAGGCUGAAAUUGAACAUUUAAAUCAAACAAUGCAAGGCUUUAUCAUACAGCAUGGCAUUCAUCCUCAGAUUUUCAGUACUCAGAUUCAUACUCCUAUACCCUAUCAGCAAAUUAUUAAUAGUGCAGCUGACGUUGAAAAUGAUCAAACAGCAGCCGAAAUGGUGCAACUACGAAUGGCCGUACAGCGUCUUAUUAUGGAUAAUGAGCAAAAAAAUAUUCAGAUUAUUUCGCUGAGAAAUGCUUUGGAUGAGCAUUGCCGUAAUGGACUUGGAAAUGACAAUUGUACAGCUUCUGCAAUACCUUUGCCACGUUGUUACUUGCAAAAUAAUUUUGAUUCACAGCAAUCAUUCGAUAUCAAUACACAACUCAGACGAUUACUGCUUGAUAAUACAAGUGAUCACAUUGCGCAUUCUUCAUCUUUUCCAACUAGUCUCUGUAGUGCUCAGCAACGUGGAGCACUUUCUUCACGUACUACUUCGGCAGUACAGUCAUCAUCAUCAUAUACUUCAUCCUUAUCAACAGCAUCACCGCAACAUAGUUGGUCUAAUUCAGGCACUCCAAGACAUAAAACUAAUUAUGAUCCUAUAGCAAGCUUACCACCUGUAUCAUCUAGAUUAGCUAUUCGUCCUUCUCCUAGCUAUCAGUCAUCUUCUUCUCCAGCUGCUCGGCAACUUGCUGCUGAACUGGAUGAAUUGCGACGAAUUGGUAACGAAAUGCAGCAAAAACAUGACAAAUUUCAGAAUCCACGCUUUUCUAAAUCUUUCGGACGUAAGGCUGCUUCAACAUUAACAUUACCACGUAAAAAGCUUUUUGCUGCAUCUUCAGGAGGGAUAUCAGCUGAAAGUGAUGAUGAAGUCAUGCGUGGAGUGCAAACUCGAUCCUCUAUCGAAAUUGGUAAAUUUAAGCGUGGAAAAACAAGAUCUUCUCUAAAAAAUUUAUUUGGUAAACUAACACGAAGUGCUUCACAAGAAAUCAGAUCUGUUGAUUUUCAAAGUACUGCCUCUGUAAGACCAACACACUCAGCUAGAAUACCAGCUUACGGUCCUAUUCAUGAUACUAUCAUUCUUCGGCCACCUUUACAACAAUUUGUUGAUUGGAGUAAAGCACAAAUUUGUGAAUGGAUGACAGAAAUAGGCUUUGGUGCUUAUGUUCCAGAAGUUGAACGUUUUGUACGCAGUGGACGACAUCUAUUGAAUAUGACUAAUCAAGAAUUUGAAAAGGAGUUAUCGAUAAGGAAUCCACUGCAUAGAAAGCGAUUGCGUUGCAUUUUAACCCGUAUAAGUCGGGGUGUUAAGGAUGCUGCUGACCGUAUGGACUUACAUCAGGUUUUGUUAUGGUUGGACGAUAUUGGCAUACCACAAUAUCGUGAAAUUAUGGCUCAGAAUAUGAUUGAUGGCCAAAUGCUAACAUUGCUUACUGCUCAAGAUUUGAUAGAGAUGAAAAUCACGUCUGCACUUCAUCAUGCAGCAAUUGCUCGUGGUAUACAAUUUCUACGAUCAGUAGAAUUUUGUCCAAAUCGUUUGGAAAAAAGAUUUAAUCCGAAACUGAUUGAUAAAGGAGGGUGUCCAGGUGAUGUGGAACGUUGGUCCCACUACUGUACUUGUCAGUGGUUGAAAGCAAUUGAUUUAGAUGAAUUUACUCCAAAUCUGUUGUGCGCUGGAAUUCAUGGUGCCCUUAUGGUUCAUGAGCCAACGUUUACUGCUGAAACUCUCGCAGAAGUUUUACAAAUGCCCACCUAUAAAACUCUUCUUCGUCGUCAUCUGGCCACUCAUUUCAAUCAGUUGCUAGGUCAAGAGGUCAUCAGUCACAAGCGAGCUAUUCUUGCGCAACCACUCGUUGUACAAAUGUCUCCUACGUUAAAAAUUCGACUACUCAAGAAAGGUUUUCUUUUAACUCGUAAAAAAGGAAAAAAUGAGGUAUAUGUCGAACCAGAUGAACCAGUUUGUCCACCAGUGGAUAUCACAUCUACCUUCAAACGACAGGUUAAUCAAUUUUUUCUGUAG